AUGGCCAACUCGACUCUAUCGGAUCCCUUGAAUUGGUUUACUUCAGUAUUGAUGACUGUGAACGCAGUCUUCGGUAUUGUAUGCAAUGUUAUAAUAAUAAACAAUGUCGCGAAAUCAGCUACAGAGAGAACAUCUUUCAAUCUCAUCUGUGCUGCUCGAGCAAUCGCUAACGUUAUUAUUCUGGGACUAGGAUUCUUGUCACUGUUUGUUCCACUCACAAUAUACGGAGAUACAUUGUUUCCUCCUGUACACCACGCGAUUGUUAUCACAAUCAUCAACAGUCUCUACACCGGAUUACAGAAUUGUGGAGUUCUAAUAGCUAUAAACAGAUUCUGUGCAAUGUUUUUCUCCAUCCAAUAUUCUAGAUACUUCACUCCAACAGUCACUUUUUUUGCAAUCCUACUGUUGCUCUCCUACAGAAUCUUCAGAAUGGGUCAAGACAUUGUUCAGAACAUUGAGACUCAAUGUUUCUCAACAUAUUCAUCAGAAUUUCUAACCUGGUUCCCCACGAGAGACCCCAAUUGCCGAAAUAAGUAUGCGGAUGUUGUAGAUGGAACAGUUAUUCUUUUGGUUGCAUUGGUACUUAUUAACAUUGCCACUUUUGUGAAGAUAUACUUGUUUUACAAAUCAACUGAAAUGGAUUCAAAAGAAAUCAGAAAUAGAAUCAGAAAGAACAGAAUAAUGUUCUCCCAAACGAUUAUUCAAGACUUGAAUUAUUGUAUUGAUAUGUUGUUCACUUUCAAAUUGAGCACAAUCUCGUCCUCCCGUAUUUGGACAUUCAUAAGUGGAAGUCUCAUAUGGGAAUGUGUUCAUUCAUCUGAUGGUCUAAUUAUGAUAAUGUUUAAUGAAAAGCUGACAUUCUUGAAAAGAAGUUUCUUCUCUGCUUCAUCACCCAGCUCAUCAGUGGCUCCUCAACAAAGUCCAGUUAUUCUCGUUUCAUCACCAAGAAGUCCGGCGCCAAUUGGCUGA